GAGGAGGAGCAGGAGGAGGCGCGGGAUAAAGGAGCGCUCGCUGCUCCCUCUCGCUCUCCGGCGGGGCUGAGGGAGGCAUCAUGGCCGCGAAGUCGGACGGGCGGCGGAAGAUGAAGAAGGGCGGCGAGGUGGCGUUCACGCCGCUGCAGAACUCCGAGCACUCGGGCUCCGUGCAGGCGCUGGCCCCGGGGCUGCCCACCGGCUCCGGGCCGGGCGGCGGCAGCGACGACGACGAGGCGCCCGGGGGCGGGUGCUGCAGCAGCAGCGGCGGCGGCAGGGACGGCUCGGGCGGCGGCUCCCGGUGCUGCUGCUGCUGCGGCGGCGGCAGAGGAGGAGACGGCGGAGGGGGCGGCGGCGGGGGCUCCCGGGGCUCGGGCGGGGGCUCGUCCUCCUUGUGCUUGCGGCUGGGCAGGGAGCAGCGGCGCUACUCGCUGUGGGACUGCCUCUGGAUCCUGGCCGCCCUGGCCGUGUACUUCGCGGACGUGGGCACCGACAUCUGGCUGGCGGUCGACUACUACCUGCGGGGCCAGCGCUGGUGGUUCGGGCUCACCCUAUUCUUCGUGCUGCUGGGCUCCCUCUCUGUGCAGGUCUUCAGCUUCCGCUGGUUCGCGCACGACUUCAGCACCGAAGACAGCGCCGCCGCCGCCGCCGCCGCCGGGCACUGCCCCGCCGCCGAGAGCAAGCUGCUGGUGAGCAGCGGCUCCGCGGCCGCGGACAUCGACGCCGCUCGCCCCAGCACGCCGCAGCGACAGGCGUCCACCGCCAGCAAGGGCAACGCCACCAACAGCAGCAGCAACAGCAGCAGCAACGCCGCCGGCAGCGGCGCCGCCGGUCCCCGCGCCAGCGGCGGCCGGUCCGCGUCCUGCGCCUUCUGCAUCUGGCUCCUGCAGUCGCUCGUCCACAUCCUGCAACUGGGGCAGGUCUGGAGGUAUUUUCACACAAUGUACUUGGGUAUCCGGAGUCGACAGAGUGGAGAGAAUGACAGAUGGCGGUUUUAUUGGAAAAUGGUGUAUGAGUAUGCAGAUGUGAGUAUGCUGCAUUUGCUAGCCACGUUUCUGGAAAGUGCACCACAGCUGGUCCUGCAACUCUGUAUUGUUGUACAGACUCGUACACUCCAGGCUCUCCAAGGUCUUACUGCUGCAGCAUCUCUCGUAUCCCUGGCCUGGGCUUUGGCUUCCUACCAAAAGGCCCUCCGUGACUCCCGUGAUGACAAGAAACCCAUCAGUUAUAUGGCUGUUAUAAUCCAGUUUUGCUGGCAUUUCUUCACAAUUGCAGCAAGGGUCAUUACUUUUGCUCUGUUUGCCUCAGUUUUCCAGCUGUACUUUGGGAUCUUCAUCGUGUUGCAUUGGUGCAUCAUGACCUUCUGGAUUGUUCACUGCGAGACAGAGUUUUGCAUCACUAAAUGGGAGGAGAUAGUUUUCGACAUGGUUGUUGGUAUAAUCUAUAUCUUCAGCUGGUUCAAUGUCAAGGAAGGAAGGACACGCUGUAGGCUUUUCAUUUACUAUUUUGUCAUCCUUUUAGAAAACACUGCCUUGAGUGUUCUCUGGUAUCUGUACAAAGCCCCCCAAAUCUCUGAUGCAUUUGCCAUACCAGCACUGUGUGUAGUGUUCAGCAGCUUUUUAACAGGCAUCGUUUUUAUGUUAAUGUACUAUGCCUUCUUUCACCCCAAUGGACCAAGGUUUGGGCAGUCGCCAAGCUGUGCUUGUGAGGACCCUGCCACUGCCUUCACCCUACCCCCAGAAGUGGCCACAAGCACGCUAAGGUCCAUCUCCAACAACCGGAGUGUCACAAGCGAGCGGGAUCAAAAAUUUGCAGAGAGGGAUGGAUGUGUGCCUGUGUUUCAGGUGAGACCCACCGCACCAUCCACACCUUCAUCCCGGCCACCAAGGAUUGAGGAGUCUGUCAUUAAAAUUGAUCUGUUCAGGAACAGGUACCCAGCAUGGGAGAGACAUGUGUUGGACAGGAGCCUGAGGAAGGCAAUCUUGGCAUUUGAAUGUUCCCCUGCUCCUCCACGGCUACAGUAUAAAGAUGAUGCCCUUAUCCAGGAGCGCUUGGAAUAUGAAACCACAUUGUAAACAAAGCAAAAACACGGCUUGAAGAAGCUCCAGUGUUACAGUCCAAAUUAAGGGUUGACAGUAGGGCUGUAGGAAUAACUAAACUGUGUACUACAAGUAGAGCAGCAAGCUGUAGUGUUUUAGUCUGGCUAUCAUCAUGAUUAUCAUUUGAUCCAUUGUGUGCAGUCUGUCUGCAGGACACUGAUACAGCAGCAUCAUCUGAAAGCCUAAAAAAAACCUUGACCCACACAUACAGAUCAGUUACUUCAGCUAGGGAAACUCACCCACGACCCCUUGCUGCUAUGAAACUCUGACUGCACAGUACUUACAACCAAAUAAGAGCUUUCAACUUUAGCCAGUAGUGCAUUUUAUUUUAGAAAUUAAUGACUGAUAUUUCCAAAAUCAAUGGCAAAAAUAAACGAAAAACCUACCUUUUCAAAAAUAACAAAACUAGCACACAGUGUUUCUGUUAUGAAAAAUGUUUUCUGGAGAAAAAAAUAGGAGCAUACUAGUCUUCAACACUCCCAUAAAUCAACCAUUCAGGUUAGGUUAGGUAUGCAAAAUGGUUCUUAAUUGAAAAGAUACAUUGUCAUGUUUGUAAGGCUGUCAAAGGAAAGUAAACUAAAUUUUGAUUAAUUAGGUCAUAAAAAUUAAUACUACCAGAACUGUUUGCUUUCUGUGGAAUUUCAAAGUCUCUUUAAAAUAAAAUUUAGCUUCUUGAUGUUACUUUUAGCAGAAAUCCUAUGCAGCUCACUUCUGGUUUUCAGGAGAAAUAAGGAGCUCUAACAUGUAGUGAUAUACAUUAAAUGAUAAUCAUGAUUCAAUGUUCACUUUGCAAAAAAAAAAAAGUGAAAGAACAGGGAAGUAUAGUUUUCAUAUUCUAAACUUUUUGGAGGACCCCAUUCAGACAUUUCAGAAGAAACUACAAGGAGAUGAACACACUGAGACUUCUCUGUUUCAGGACUGAGAAUGCAUGAUUCAGUGUGUGAAUGUAUGCAGGGGUGACAAGAGACUGUGACAUGCCAUACCCUUCUAGUGCCAAACAUUGUAUAACUGCAAGGUUGAUAUUGCCUGAGGGACAGAUAACAAGUGGCACAAGCCCUACCAGAAAAAGAAGCAGGGAAGACCAACCAAGUUCUCAACAUGUAGAGACAGCUCUGAUUUUUCCCAACCCGAGGUGAAAGUGGUGUCUUUUAAAGGCUUUCAGUCACCUCUUAGUAAGUAUAUUCACAGAAGUAUAAUAUAAGAAAGUUAUGUGAAAGAGUCUCUUCUGCCUGUUCAAGACUUUUGUCCAGAUGCGUCUAAAAAUUACGUUGAAUCUCUUGUAAUAGAGUGCUUUGCUGCAAGCUUUUGGGUUUUAAAUACCUCCCUAAAUCUAGUCAAUGGUAUUAUCCUUCAUGUUAAAAGUAUCCCCUGAUGGUGCUUUCAAAUGCAUUAAAGGUGCAAGUCAAAAUUUGAUAGUAUUUUUUUUAAAUCUGGUGCAGAGUGAAAAACUCAUGGAUUAUUUCGAUAUUUUUGUAAACUAAAAAUAUGGUAUAAAAGGUUACUUUUUAUAAACCUCAAAUCUUUUAAUACAUUUCAUUCUCUUUAUAGCUUAGAUUUUAAGAAUUGGUCCAUGAAUUUUAUCAAAUGGCUUUUUCAGGUUGAUGUAAACCUGGUUUUCACACAUUAUGGAUUUGUUUUGCAGUGUAAUGCCAUAUGAAAGCCUACAUGGGUACUUUUAGAAUACCCUAUAAACUGUGGAUCCUGUUUCAAAUGUAAGUGGCUUGUAAAGAUACCAAGUGAUUCCAUAAGAAAAAAUUUGCUAUAACUAUUUCCAUCCAUUUUAGGAGAGAGAAGCAGAACUGAAGAGUUAUUGUUGUAAAUGGCAUUGUCAGAAUGGAGAAGACCUGAUGAUUGGUAUUGUAAUGUUCGCUGUCAGAUAUAUCCAGUGUAGUUACUGCUGUAUAUGCUGCUGAAUUAAUUUCAGUCUUUCCUAUUAUGAAUAUUUGUACUAUGAAAUGGCCAAGGUUACACCAACUAUGUUUAUUUGUGUGCGUUCAAUUAGCCAUUUUUAAUGUUGACUUUUUUUAUUAGUGAAAUGUUCGAUACCUGUUGUUCUUUGCUGGGACAAGUUCCUCAAAACAAAAAAAAAUCUGUGAAAGUGCAGGAAUCUGCAAGGCAGAGGGAACUUUACACAGAUCAGAAAACACCCAUGCUUCAAGGGUUUCUUAGGUAUUUUCAAAUUAAGCAGUAGCCAACUGCCUCUAUAAUAAUUUUUUAAAUAAAAAAUUUUUUGAUAGUCCAAACCUGAAGCUUUGUACAAAGUGAUUGCCCUUCUCUCCAUGAAUAUAUAGCUGAUUAUUCAGAGAAAAGCACUAAUGUUUUGUCAAAAAAUAUACCAGUGCAAGAACUGCUAAAAAAAAGGUUUUUGAAGCAAGUCCUUUGUCCUGUCAAAUGCAGUAGAGCCUUCACUCCAGAAUCAAACGCUAGUUCGCACAAGGAAAUUGCUGGUUUUCUUUACAAACAGGGCAAAUGGUAAGCUUUGUGAUCCAAGAUGUGUUUCUUUUGGAAACAGUUGAAUGUGUUUGCUGCUGCUUUAACAACUCAGAAAUUUAAGCCUGAAUGAGGCACAGUGGGCAGCCUUUGCAAGCUCAACCCACCCUCCGGUACCUCCUGGGGAGAGGGGCACAUCACGGCUGUCAGUGAGGCUUGUCCUGUGCUGCUGUCCCUCUCAUCCCCUUGCUCUUCCUCAGAGCUGUGAGCCCUUUGGUCAGGGCUUAAAGAAUUGAAGAAACAUUCCUUCGUACAAAAUUUAAAGGGUUAAAGUCUGCACCAGUGCUUGCUUUGCAAAGUUGCUGAAGAAGGUUUGGGGUGAGUUUGUUUGAUUUGCUCUUGUUUGGUUUUGGAAGGAAGGACACAGAGGUAUUAUUUAUCCAUGUGGGUUUUCAUGCCUAACAUUUACUUUCUUUACUCUCCCAGCAUUUUUGAUUUUUUUCUAAUAAUGUUUGUAAAAAUGUUUAUCUUAAGCAAACUACUACUGCAGGGUCCGAGUGCGGAGCAACAUAUACAUACACAUAUAUAUAUAUAUAUAUAUAUAUGUAUAUGCACAGCACUAUAUAUAUAUGCAUCUUGUCCUAAGAAUUCAGUCUCGCUGUUUGAGGAAGGGAGAGAAAUCAAUAUACACUAAGUCAAAAUUUGCUCUCCAAAAUCUUAUUCUGUUACAUUCAUAACAUCAGUGAUACUUGUACUGAGAACAGGGUGGCCAUUGAAAUCUUAACACUCAGAUGACUACGUUUCAUAAUUUGCAUUGCUGUGAAUAGUCACAUUAAAUGCUGUAAGAACUUUUUAUAGAAAUUGCCAAGAUUAAACAUCAUUCACGUUGAAAUUCCAUGAUGGCCUUAAGGACAGUUAAUAAUCAAUAUGCACUAUUCUUUUUACCACAGACAGUUUUAAAAUCAAUAAUGUUCAGUUAAGACAGCAAUAGCAAAAAAAAAAAAAAA